AUGAAACCUACACUGCUGCUCACAUGUCUAUCCCUCAUACCGGCGAGCUUCGCCACGACCAUUUAUUUGGCGGGUGACUCGACAAUGGCUGUGGGGGGUGGGGGGAAUGGGACGGAUGGCUGGGGCGACUACAUCUCCCCGUACCUCAAAACGAACUACACGAUCUCGAACCACGCGAUCGCCGGGCGCUCCGCGCGCUCGUUCACGCGCGAAGGACGCUUCGCGACCAUCGCAACCCUCCUCACCCCGUCAGACUGGGUAAUCAUCGAAUUCGGGCACAACGACGGGGGGUCCCUGACCCCAACGGACAACGGCCGCACCGACUGUCCCGGCACAUCCACAGAAAUCUGCUACAGCGAAUACGACGGGGUGAACGAAACGAUCCUCACCUUCCCGGCGUACCUCGAAAACGCCUCCCAACUAUUCCUCUCCAAAGGCGCAAACGUGCUCAUCGCCUCGCAAACACCCGAGAACCCGUGGGAAACGGGGACGUUCGAGUACACUCCCACGCGGUUUGUGGGGUACGCGGAGAUAGCGGCGCAGGUGGCCGGGGUGGAGUAUGUGGAUCAUGGGGCGUACGUGGCGAGUAUUUAUGACACGCUGGGGGAGGAGGAGGUCGAUGGGUUCUUUCCGAUCGAUCAUACGCAUACCAGUGUGGCGGGGGCGGAGGUGGUCGCGCAGGCGUUUUUGGAGGGGGUGGUUUGUGGGGGGUGGGGUUUGAGGGGGUUUUGA